UUGGCCGUUGCGUCCUCAUGGCAACGCGGGGACGCCGUUGGAAGGAACCGUUGAAGCGGGCUGGUUUUGAUGGGUGGGGAGUGAUGGAGCCCUGAGGGAGACACAGCAAGAGGGGAAAAGGCAGCAGACGUCGCUCCCUUGAGUGGAACAGAAACAGAGAGAAAGGAAUGUGCUACAACUUUCUUACACUUUGUCUAAAUAAGAACACUUGAAAAUGCAUCCACUCCCUGAAGAACCUGAACCAGAAGACACUAUUGCAGAAGAGAGAAAUGAGCUAGAGAUUGAGAACUGUGGACCUGCAAACAUCGUGCCCAAAAGUGAGGACAGCUUAAUAAAAGAAGAACCGCAACAGCCAGAGGGAGAAGAGGAAACCCGGAAGGUUGUGGAUGAUACAAACCAGGAGCAAUAUAAGUGGGAAAGUAUUAGGAAAGACUAUGGCACUGGAGAACCAGCACAAGAGAAAGGAAACAACUCAAUCGCCAACACACAACAGAAUAAAGAGAAAGUACAUGGUGAUUAUAAGGUAGUGACUGACUCGACCAGUAAAAAAUCAGAAUUAAAACAAUGUGGAAUGAGAAUGACCAAAAAGCUAUUGAGGGAUCUCUGCAAACAGCAUAAAUUAUACAUGACACCAUGCUUGAACGACACCCUCUAUCUUCAUUACAAAGGAUUUGACCGUCUGGAAAAUCUGGAAGAAUAUACUGGAUUGAAGUGCCUAUGGCUGGAAUGUAAUGGCCUGACAAAGAUUGAGAACUUGGAUGCACAGAAAGAUUUACGUUGCCUUUAUUUGCAGCUCAAUUUGAUUAAUAAAAUGGAGAACUUUGAACCACUGGAAAAGCUGGAUUCUCUUAAUCUCAGCAACAAUUACAUCAAGACCAUUGAGAACCUCUCCUGUUUGAAAGUUCUGCACACACUGCAGAUUGCUCACAACAAGUUACAAACGGUAGAAGACAUAGAGCACUUGCAGGAAUGCCCAAGUAUCAGUAUCCUCGACCUUUCUUACAACAGGCUAGAUGAUCCAGGUAUUUUAAAUGUCUUGGAGACCAUGCCUGACCUGCGUGUGUUAAACUUGAUGGGAAAUGAAGUGAUUAAGAAAAUAGCUAAUUACAGAAGAACACUUACCAUCCGAUUGAAGCAUUUGACAUAUUUGGAUGACAGGCCAGUUUUUCCAAGGGACAGAGCCUGUGCAGAAGCCUGGGGGAAGGGUGGCCGUGAAGCUGAGAAAAAAGAAUUGGAACUGUGGGAAGCCAGAGACCGAAAGAAGAUCCAAGACAGCAUUGAUGCUCUCAGUGCAAUCCGUCGAAGAGCUGAAGAGAAGAAAAGGCAAUGGGAAAUGGAAGAAAGAGGAGAGAUUCCGUCUUCAAGAAAUAGCACUGGGACAGAAACUAUUGUAGAGGCAUCAGCUACUUCCGAAGAUUUAGAAACGAAGAAGAAGAUUGAGAAAUUUGUAGAUGAAAGCAUGAAGGCCCACGGGGAAGUUCAGGUUACACUUGCAAACUUAAAAGACCAGGUGGAUAACCUAGAGAAUAUUAAACCAUACAAUACGAAGCAAGUGGUACAAGAACCAAGUUUGGAUUCCUGCUCAAACACUGGACCUGUUGAAGAAGAGGCGCCAGUAGAUAAGAUGGCUGUACCAGGACCACUGCUUACUGACCUGGAUGAAUCUUCAGAGAUUGGACAAAUUGAGCUGGAUGUAUCAGAGAAUCUUUUUCUUGAUGAACUGCCUGAUUUGGAAGAUGUGGAUAUCAGCGAAGAUUCACAGUGCAAUGAGAUAUUCACCAGGCAGCAAAGCUGUCCUGCAAAGAUUGAAAUAAUUUCUGAAGCAAGUGAUAGUAGCGACUGCCCAACAGUAAAGGACAAGACAACUACUUCUGGCAACACAGCUACAGAGGAGAUUCCAGUUGCCAUCUUUUCAAGCAGAAACAGGGUACCAGAAGACAGUACAAAACAAGAUGUGAAGCCCUUGAUAGAAGACUUACUAGCACAGAAAGAGGAAAGCUUGGAAACUGAAGGGCAACUGGCAAAAUCUUUGAAGCCCUUGAUUGAAGAGAUUUUGCCUGAGCCUUUGGAUUCAUCACUGAAGCUGUCAGAACCUGAUGAAACAACUGAACUGAACCCAGAGGAAGUGGGAAGUGGAGAAAGCCAAGCUACAUCCUCAAACCCAGGGUUGGCCUCUGAAGCAGCUACUGAACCAUGCUUUCCAGAAAAGGUAGGAUCCUGCCAAGGAAGUAACACUGACUAUGGAUUGGACUGAGCAAUGAAAAACCCAGCCCAAGCUACUUGGAUUUAUUCUUUCGCCUUACAAGGGAUGCAGUACCUACAGCAAUACAUCAGGUGUCAUUACCUGAUGGUGUCACACUGCAAUGACAGCAUAGAUAACAGCACAGUGCAUACAGAGGGCAACUUUUUUCAGUCUUGGUUGUGGCCUAAGGCCCAAGAUCUAUUCUGUGGCAAGUGACUGUGAAGGCUUCUGACCCAUCGUUCUAAGUAUUUUAUUCAGUUCUUAACCAGUUUCUUAUUCCUUUGUAAAAAUGUAAGUGUCCAUAUUGGCAUGAUCCAGGAAAAGUGAAAUACAUUCAAGAUAGUAGAAAGUUGAGCAUGUGUUUAACUCUCCCCCACUGAAAUCCUUGGAACUUAAACACUGCUUCACUUUGCUGAAUUGUGCAUGUUUGUAGAAGUCAUUGCUGUUAGUUGUUUAUUUCAGUGAUAUGUUUGUCUUUAUUUGUGAUACAUUCUAAGUAAACAUUUUCAUCCUUAA